CCCUCCUCGGUCCGCACCAAGACUACAAGAAGCCGCGAGAGGGAUGAGGCCUCGGUGAAAGGGACAAGCGUUACUGGACCGCGUUCUUCUCCCCCCGAGCUCGUUUCUCGUGGUCCGUUAUGUCUGUGAGCCUGCUCCCCCUCCCGCCAUGCCCGCCGCCGAACGCCUCCUGCCGCCGCCGCCGCUGCUGCUGCUCCUCCUGCCGUCGCUGCUUCUGAUCCCUCGCCUGGAUGGGGCGGUGAGGGCGGCGGCGGUGGAGGAGGAGGGCGGCGGCCUGCCCUCGUCUUCGCCCGGGGACAAUGGAGUCAACGCCGCGGUCACGGACGCCACCUCCCCGGGACGAUUGCUCGGCGCCACGGCUUGGACACAAGAUCCACAGUUUCCCCUCAAAGUCCUGGUGAGGGACCUGGUGACCCGUCAGCCACUGGUGGGGGCCUCGGUGGACGUUUACGUGAACCACACUCUGAGGAGCUCGGCCCGCACGGGGACGAGAGGCGAGGUUCUGCUCCGGGUGGCCUACAGUCCGGGCCUCGGUCUGACCCUGCUGGGCAACAUGGAGGGCUACGUCCCCAGUCCUCUGCCGUGGAGCACCACCAAGAGACCAAUUUUCUCUGCGGUGACUUUGCUGCUGCUCCCUCACAGCCAGGGGAAUGUCUGGUUGUUCGAGGACUCAGUGCUCAUCACCAGGAAGUUACCUGACAGUUCCUCUCAGCCGAAGGUGAAAUUCCCCAAGAACCUUCUCACCAUCUCGGAUAAGAGCAACGUCUCCUCUGUGUCGGCGUUCCUGACCGUGCCACAGCACCAUCUGGCGAAAGACUGCGCCAACUGCACUCCGGGUAUCAUCAGCAGCAGCAAAUCAGUGUUCAGGAGCAUAGAGCUGAAGGCAGUGGCUGCCGUCAGUGUGCUGCUGUACUCAGGUGAUGAGGAGCUCCAGGUUCGAGGGCCCAUUCAAAUCAGCCUGCCCCUGGGACGCAGCACUCACCUGCGGGCCUCCGAUACUGUGCCAGCCUGGGCCUUCGAUCUAAAGACUGGUGCCUGGGCGAAUCAAGGCCUCGGGAUAGUGAAAACUGUCGGUGACCAACUGGUCUGGACCUACACCGCUUCCCAUCUGGGCUACUGGAUCGCUGCACCCCUGCCCUCCGGACACAAUUAUCUGGGCCAUGGGAGCACCAUGGAUUUCUUGUCGUACCACACCUACCUGCUGACCGGAAUUCUGGGAGGAACGUUGGCUGUAGUAAUCGCAUUUCUUUCCUUGUUGCUGUGUCACUGUGGAGGUUCUCAUCGAGAGCCAAGGAGGAGGAGGGCCCGCUUCUCCAAACUCACAGUUUUGAAAAAGGACCAGACCACCUCCACCCACAUGGAGGAGGGUUUGUUGUUCCGAUCGGGCGAUAACAGCCUUGCUUCCUGCAGCGUCCAGUGUGAACCCUCGUCCACCCCGAGGCACAAGGCCAACUACAACAUCUACGUGGAGGAUCCGGGGAGUCGCCCUGCGGCUCCGCUUUAUGAGAACGUCGCCCCGGAUCGGAUCAAAGGUCCCCAGCCGCAGCCUCGCUACAUUAACGGCGGCGAGGUGGCUCGACUUCGGGAGAAGUCGGAGCAGAACCGCGCCAACAUAAACUCGGACAGCUUCUUUCAGGACAAGCUGGUUCAUAUCUACAACCAGCCGGUGGCCAUCAUUCAGGCCCCAGAGCUUUUCGGCGCUCAGGAGCAGCAGGUGUCGGGCUGCAAGUCUGCCACUUUCCCACGCAAUGGAGCGGAGUACGACGCCCACUCGGAGUCCGCGAGUAAAGACAGCUACACCCAGACACUACCCAAAGUUCCUCACCAACACUCCCAGGGCGGGAGCAGCCCACAGCAGACCAGCCAAGAUGAGCCCCAGCCUCUGGAGACUCCUCCUCCAGGUCAAGGCCCCAAUGCUGGUGUGUGGGGACGCUACAGUAACCUCCUUGAAUCCUCCGUCUCGGUGCCUGGGACGCUGAACGAGGCGGCGGGUAUGGAGGCCUUCAGCGGCGGGCACGGGGUGCCCAGCGAGCUGCAGGGGAUCUCAGAGCGCACCUUACUGGAGCUGAUGCGGGGCAAGUCCUCAUCACAUCACCCCAGGGCGUGGUUUGUCUCCUUGGACGGGAAGCCGGCGGCGCAAGUUCGCCACUCCAUCAUCGAGCUCCAGAGCCGCCACCGCCCACCGAGCAGCAACGACACCAGCCUGGACUCGGGCGUGGACAUGAACGAGCCCCAGCAGAACCUCCGCGAGACGGAGCGCGACCGGCGUUCGAUCAGGGCCUCGUCCUUGCCACACCACGGCAGAGGCGGGCGUUACGGCGAAGAGCAGGACCUGAGCAGCAGCGAGAGCGGCACCACAGCCACCUGCACGCCAGAGGACCCUUCCCUGAGGAACAUUUUGGACGGGAGCAGCGGGGCCAUUCCCAAUAUUCCGGAGGAGAGAGACGGGAUGGACACGUCCAGCGCUCAGGAGGACAGUGAGUCAAGGGGUACGCCGCCGCCGCGGCGCCUGAGGAAGGUGAGGGAGAAGGUCAAGGCAGAAAAACGGAGUGCCAAGCACGUCCGCGAGGGGAGACCUUUGACCAAGCGAAGUUAAGAGCAUGGUUAAUGAUCACAUACGUCCAGGCGAGCAUUGUAAUUUUUAAUUUAAACGUCCCAUUAGCUUUUUAGUGAGCUCUCUUUCAUCACACGACUUCGCCAUAAGUGCUGAGUGAUGCAAAUUAGUUCCCGCCAAACUUACGCAGGCAUCGUUGUUGUUUAGUUGUGACUGUGCAACUUUGCCAAAGAACGCAUAAGCUAGCCGAAGAAAUAAAGCAGGUCAUCCACGUCACGUCGAAGCGUUGCGUAUAGCUGCCGUUAAGAGAAGUUUGCGCACCACAUUUUCCCCCCGUCCUCCCGAAUCCGACUAUCACCAGCGAGAUUCUUCACAGCGACGUGUCCGUGUGAACACGUUUAUCCCCGUAGUACCGUGUCCUGGCAUUAAAGAGGGUGCCUUCUCACUGCCUGUAGUCAUAGAUUAAAUAUGGUUACACAAGGCGCCGUGUUUGUCUGUGUUCAGUAAAAUAAUCUGGUGAGUUUGCAGGAUGGACACAGAUACAGCUCAAUGUGUAGUGCACUUAUCCUCACCACGAAUGCCUGCUGUAAAUUGAAUAAGAGACAGAAAGCUUUUCCUCCCGGUUUGUAGUGCCGCCAUCUUGUUUUGAUCAUCAUGUAACUUAUCAUAAUCAGCUCUAUCAGAAAAAAAAAAGAUUUUAACUUGUGACAUGAAAUGCGUUGUCUUAUCAGAUUGCCUAAAAACUAACAUCUAAUGUUAGUUAAAAUUGAUUUCGCUUCCACUUUCCACCCGUGACCAAUUCCAGCGCUGAACCCCCCCCCCCCCGAUGGCUUUUGGAGUAAAACAUUGAUGUACAUUGUAAAGCUAAGCUGCCAUUUUAAUCACACCUGAUAUUCAAGGUUUUUUAAGACUACACUUGUUGGAAGAAUGCAUGAAAAUGAAUGUUUUCCUUUUGUGUACAAAGAUAUUUCUUUGCAAAGUUUACUUUAGAGCUGACGUUUUGUCGUUAGAGCCGUUGGAUUACCAAGUGAGUGACUGAUUUUGUUCCGUUUGAAAGGAGACUCAGUGACGUGCUGCCAAUUAUAACUCAGUAAUGACUACAAAGAUAAAACUCCAGGAUUUAUGUACUAUGAGAGUCACAAUUUACAAUAUAACAAUCACAUGGACAUAUAAUAAAAAUACAAUUUUUCACAACAUACAUGGGCACCCACAAGAUCUGGCACUAAAACAUGUGCCGUGUUGUCUUUAUGGGAUUAAUCAGUGUGUCAUGUACAGUAUUUUUCCUUGCAAACUAUUUUCUUGACAACACUUACAUCGUUCCAGUCGGUGCCUUGUAGAUUCACUGAUACAGAUGCUAACAAAAAUAUAUAUAUAAAUAUAUAUUUCCUGAUUAGAUGGACUAUGGACUUGCUUCGAGAGAUAUGACUAAAGAGAGAAUCGCAAUUUUAAACAUGAAAUCUCUCAAUAAGUAUUUCAUUGAUUGUUCUCGGAUGUUGUUCAGACAUUGACACAUUUUGGGGGUUCCCUUUAAUUUUCAUCUAGUGCCACCAUCAGCUCAAAAUUUCAAUGCAUACUUACAAAACCAAGGCCAUUCCCAUCAGCCUCAGUUGUGUUUGUGAUUAGUCUCAUAUUUUCGUAGCGCAUAUGAGCAAAUAUGCUCACAUUCUAAUGUGCUGAAAGAAGAUUGUGACCUUGGUGAAUAUAAAAUGUGCUUAGCAUCAGCAUGUUAGUACGCUGAAUUAGCCUAUAGCACAAAAAACAGCCCAUUUGUUACGAACAACCUUCCCAGAAACAUACAUCUUCGGUGUGUAAAUAUUACAACAAUUACAAAAGUAAAAAACGACCUCAUUGCCUAUUUGUGAUAAAGGUUUAAGAAGAAAAAAAAACACUAUAAAUACCAGAAAAAUGGUUCCACUAGCAAUAUUUAUUACAAGUCAAUUCACUUUGCAGCAACAGCUUUGCCAUAUUUAGUCUUCCUCCAUGGUCCAACUGGAAAAAACCUUUUUAAAUAAUGAGUUCACUUUGUAUGUGUAUAAGCCACAUUCAUGUGCUUUUUUUCUAUGUAUAUAGCAAAGCGACAUCUUAUGUAAAAUGUGACUGUGACUUCAUAUCAUUUGUGAUGUUUUUUCUACAGCAGAGGUCUGAGAGGUGCAUCAGUGUUUCACUCGAUGGUUGAAUUACUUUUUUUUUUUUAAAGCAUCCGUCAUUCGAGAUGUGGUAUCAAUGUGAAUUGUUCUAGGAUUUGAUUUUUUUGUCAUGGGACUGUGCAAGAAGCCUGAACUUUGUAUUUUUAAUUUUUUUUUAAUGUAGCAACUAGUGGAGCACUUAAUCGUUCAAGUACACUAACAAAAUCAGCUGCCAGUUUAUCCCGGCUUCACCAGCAACACGAGGAGUAGUUUGGUUGACACUUUGUGCUGAUUUGCUCACGAGCAAAUGAACCCUAUACUGCCACUCCCCACUAAAGAGUGAUCUCGCUGAAUGUAUCCGUAUCGAUUUGUGUUUCUAUAGUGUUCUCCUCUUGUGUCCCGCCGCUAAACCUCACAGGCUUUUUUUGUUUAUCGCCGGGUGGGCACCUCCUGUUUACCUCUGUAGUAAUGGUAGUGUUAUUAUUAGUCUUGCCUUUAUUUUGUGCACUAAAUUAAUAAACUUUACUUGAUACCAA